GUGCUGUGGCCGUGGCUGAUCCCUCUGGACCAGGAUGUGGGUAUCCUGGACACCUGGCCUGUGGCUGCUCAGUCUCUGGGUCACCUUCAGCCAUGGGGCAAAUACAGUGCCCCCCAGAGACCUCUAAGGCCCGCCGGGACACCCAGAGUAAUGAGCUCAUCGAGAUCAAUCCUCAGACAGAGGGGAAGGUCUACACCCGCUGCUUCUGCUUGGAAGAGCCUCAAAACAGCAAGGUGGAUGCCAAGCUGAUGGGAAGAACCAGCCAGAAGGCAGAAAAGGGAACAAAGGUCCUUCGGGAAUCAGCAGUUGAUGAGUGCCCACCCUGUGUCCACGGCACCCAGGAGAGCAAUGUAACACUUGGUCCUUCUGGCUCCAAGGGAGAGACAGGUGAGCGAGGCCUUCCCGGUCCAGCAGGCCCCAAGGGAGAGAAGGGAGCACGGGGCAAUGACUGUGUGCUAAUCUCCCCGGAUGCUCCACUUCAGUGUGCAGAAGGCCCAAAGGGAGAGAAGGGGGUGUCAGGAGCCUCGGGACCAUCGGGACUCCCAGGCCCAACAGGCCAGAAGGGCCAGAAAGGCGAGAAGGGCUAUGGAGGAAUCAAGGGCUUGCCGGGAAAGCCAGGCCGAGAUGGCCGGCCAGGAGAGAUCUGUGUGAUUGGACCCAAAGGGCAGAAAGGAGACCCUGGCUUUGUUGGGCCUGAGGGGCUGGCAGGAGAGCCUGGGCCUCCCGGCCUCCCUGGUCCCCCUGGGAUAGGUCUGCCUGGAACCCCUGGGGAGCCAGGUGGCCCACCAGGCCCUAAAGGAGACAAGGGAAGCUCUGGGAUUCCAGGCAAGGAAGGCCCUGGUGGGAAGCCUGGGAAGCCAGGAGUGCCAGGGCUGAAGGGAGAGAAGGGUGACCCCUGUGAGGUGUGCCCAACACUGCCUGAAGGGUUCCAGAACUUUGUGGGGCUCCCUGGAAAGCCAGGGCCUAAGGGGGAACCAGGGGAUCCUGCACCAGUCAGGAACUCUCCAAGGGACUCUAAGAUGCCUUUUGAGCAAGCUGGAGUGGAGCCAUCCCUUAUUGAUGGCCUGGGAAGUGCUGGACAGAAAGGUGAUCGGGGAGACCCUGGCAUACAAGGCAUCAAAGGAGAGAAGGGGGAGCCCUGCUCACCUUGCACCUUAGUUGCCGAAGCCCAGUAUCUUGGCCCCUCGAUGGGGGCCCAAGGAGAAGUGGGCUCCUCUGGCUCCAAUUUGCCUGGCCUUCUGGAGAAAGCUGGGGCUCCAGGGCCAAGAGGGCUGAAAGGAGAGAAGGGUAAUUUUGGGGAGGCAGGGCCAGUCGGCAGUACGGGACCACCAGGGCAGGUUGGACCAGCAGGCUCCAAAGGGGAAAAGGGGGAGCCUUGUGAGCCAUGCUCAGCCUUGUCUAAGCCUCAAGAUGGGGAUAGUCAUGUGGUACAUUUGCUUGGCCCAGCUGGAGAGAAGGGGGAGCCUGGACCUCCAGGCUUUGGCCUGCCAGGAAAGCAGGGCAAGGCCGGAGAGCGUGGACUGAAGGGGCAGAAGGGUGAGCCUGGGAGUCCUGGAGACCCUGGAAGGCCUGGCACCACGGGGCGGCCAGGACUGUCAGGAGAGCCUGGGGUGCCAGGCCCCUUGGGACCAAAAGGAGAAAAGGGUGAUGCCUGUACUGCCUGCCCUAGCCUGCAGGGGGCAGUGACAGACAUGACUGGACUGCCUGGGAAGCCUGGCCCCCAAGGAGAGCGAGGCCCAGAAGGAGUAGGCCGGCCAGGUAAACCGGGCAAGCCUGGUCUUCCAGGAGUUCAAGGACCCCCAGGACAGAAGGGCACAGAGGGAGAACCAGGGCCUCCAGGAGUGGGAGCGCAGGGGCCUCAGGGAGAGCCUGGAGCCCAGGGUCUGCCUGGCAUUCAGGGACUGCCAGGACCUCGGGGACCACCUGGCCCCACUGGAGAAAAAGGUGCCCAGGGACCUCCAGGGGCAGAAGGAGCCACUGGACCAGUAGGACCUCCUGGUGCCAGCAUCUCUGGGCCUCCGGGCCUUGAUGGACAGCGAGGAGAGACUGGGCUUCCAGGAGCCAAAGGGAUGCCAGGUGAAAAGGGAUCUCAAGGAGAGAAGGGAGACCCAGGGGAGUGCUCCUGCCCCUCUCGGGGAGACCCCAUCUUCUCUGGCAUGCCGGGUGCUCCUGGACUUUGGAUGGGCAGCUCCUGGCAGCCGGGCCCGCAGGGCCCCCCAGGUGUCCCUGGACCACCAGGCCCCCCUGGAAUGCCUGGGCUGCAGGGAUUGCCUGGCAUUGACGGUCUGCCAGGACAGCCUGGGCUCACUGCAGAAGUGGGCUCCCUACCCAUUGAGCGGCAGCUCCUGAGGAGCAUCUGCGGGGACUGUGUCCAGGGCCAGAGAACUGUUGCACUAUCCUCCCUAGAAAAGGGAGAGAAGGGAGACCAGGCCAUCCCUGGAGUGCCAGGCCUUGACAACUGCGCCCGGUGCUUCUCCCAGCGGGAGCGCCCAAGAGCCGAGGAGGCCAGGGGAGACAACAUGGAGAAAGAUUCUGAUUGUGCUGGGAGCCCCGGCCUGCCUGGUUCUCCAGGGCUGCCCGGCCAGAGAGGAGAAGAGGGUCCACCUGGCAUGAGGGGCUCCCCGGGUCCUCCAGGCCCUAUUGGCCCCCCAGGUUUUCCUGGUGCUGUUGGCUCCCCUGGAUUGCCUGGUCUUCAAGGAGAUCGAGGCCUCCAGGGCCUGACAGGUGAUAAAGGGGAACCGGGUCCUCCAGGACAGCCUGGUUACCCAGGUGCCAUGGGCCCUCCAGGACUACCUGGCAUCAAGGGGGAGCGAGGCUACGCCGGGCCAGCAGGAGAGAAGGGGGAGCCGGGCCCACCAGGAUCUGAAGGCCUCCCAGGCUCCCCAGGUCCAGUGGGUCCCCAAGGAGAGCGAGGACCCCAAGGGAAAUCCGGUGAGAAGGGUGACCAGGGCUUCCAAGGCCAGCCAGGUUUUCCAGGCCCGCCGGGUCCUCCUGGAUUCCCAGGCAAAACUGGAGCACCUGGCCCACCUGGUCCCCAGGCAGAGAAGGGCAGUGAAGGAAUUCGAGGCCCAACAGGCUUGCCUGGGCCCACCGGGUCACCAGGACCCCCUGGGAUUCAGGGACCUGCAGGGCUGGAUGGCCUGGACGGGAAGGAUGGCAAGCCUGGCAUGAGGGGAGACCCUGGUUCUCCUGGCCCCCCUGGACUCAUGGGACCCCCAGGUUUCAAAGGGAAAACAGGACAUCCUGGCCUCCCAGGACCCAAGGGUGACUGUGGCAAACCAGGUCCCCCUGGCAGCAGUGGCCGGCCAGGUGCAGAGGGUGAGCCUGGUGCCAUGGGACCCCAGGGACGACAAGGCUCCCCUGGCCAUAUUGGGCCUCCAGGGCCUCCAGGCCAGCCUGGUCCAGCUGGGAUCUCUGCAGUGGGCCUAAAAGGAGACCGAGGAGCUUCUGGGGAAAGGGGCCCAGCAGGUAUUCCAGGCCAGCCCGGCCCACCUGGACACCCUGGCCCCCCGGGUGAACCUGGUACAGAUGGUGCCACUGGCAAAGAGGGACUCCCUGGAAAACAGGGACUGUCUGGAUUUCCUGGUCCAAAGGGUGAUCCAGGACCUACAGGACAGAAGGGCCAGGCAGGAGAGAAGGGGAGAUCUGGCAUGCCAGGAGGGCCCGGAAAGAGUGGCUCCAUGGGGCCUGUUGGGCCACCAGGUCCUGCAGGAGAGAGAGGCCACCCUGGGUCUCCAGGGCCUGCAGGAAGCCCCGGAUUGCCUGGUGUGCCCGGCUCCAUGGGAGACAUGGUGAAUUAUGAUGAAAUCAAGAGGUUCAUCAGACAAGAGAUCAUUAAAAUGUUUGAUGAUAGGAUGGCUUACUACACUUCCAGGAUGCAGUUCCCUGUGGAGAUGGCUGCGGCUCCAGGCCGGCCAGGGCCCCCAGGGAAGGAGGGUGCUCCGGGCCGGCCAGGCGCUCCAGGAUCACCUGGGCUCCCUGGUCAGAUUGGCAGAGAAGGACGGCAGGGCUUGCCAGGAAUGAGAGGAUUGCCUGGAACCAAAGGUGAAAAGGGGGACAUUGGUGUUGGCAUUGCAGGAGAAAAUGGUCUCCCUGGCCCCCCAGGUCCUCAAGGGCCUCCUGGAUAUGGCAAGAUGGGUACAACAGGGCCAAUGGGCCAGCAAGGCAUUCCUGGCAUCCCUGGUCCCCCCGGCCCUGCAGGCCAGCCAGGGAAGGCUGGGCACUGCAACCCCUCAGACUGCUUUGGGGCCAUGCCAAUGGAGGAGCAGUACCCACCCAUGAAAAACACGAAGGGGCCUUUUGGCUGAAAUGACCACUUCCCGUGAGAUGAAGGACUCCGUUUGGAAUAAAUGACCAAAGAUUACAGGACUCUGUGAUGGGUUAUGAAUGUUUGUGUUGUUAAUGUUGUUGUUUUUGUUGUUGUUGUUUUUAAUUGCUGUUAAUAUUUUUUUUAACAAUAAAGAAAGAAAACCAUCUGCAAUCCAA